AUGAAUAAUCGACGAGUGUUUUACGAUGAGUCUAUUUGGGAACGAUUUGAGAACAGAAUAAAAACAUGGACAUAUGGACUCACUCAUGAAUUAUUAUAGAAUCAAGUUUGCAGUCCUUUCUUGUUUAAGUUCCUAAUAUUGAUUGAGCUCAUCUAACUUGUAUUUUUUGAAUUGAUAAAUCAUGUAGCUUUAUUAUUCCAUCCAUCCUAACUUAGAAUUUUUAUUCUAAACAGUGUGGUUGGAAUACUUUCGAAAUGCAUUACAAUACUUUUAAGUAAAUUAUAUCAUAUUCAACGGUGGAGUGAAUGUGCUGUUAAUAGUAAUGUACAUUGUAUGUUUUAUUUUUGUAUUAUUUAUAGGCUUUUGGCAUUCAGAUUCUAAUGUUAUUCUUGUUGAUCAUAAUAACAUUCAAAUUGACAUCAAAUAAGAGAAAGCCAAGUACCUUUCUUACAUACUGUCUAAAAAUAUUUUCAUUGUAUGGAUUACUUUUGAAUACUGUUCUUACAAUCCCCAUAUUCAAUGCCUUCAUUGCCAGCAUUUAUUGUAAUUCUAAGGCUCCAUUUUCAGAUGGCUUAGAAUGUUAUACAGGUCUUCAUUUUCUGCAUAUAUCUUUGGCUGUAUUAUAAUCAAUCAUCAUUAUUAUAGAUUAUUGGUAUGAUCUUAUUCUUAAUCAAUGUACUCUAUUUUGGAUUACUUUAUGCUGAACUCAAUCCAAGUUCACCAAUUCCAUUUGCAUCUCCUCAAUCCAAAACUCCAUUGGUUAGAUAAUUGAUUAAAAUUAUUCUUCCACUUUAUGUAACACUUGAUUUUAAUGGAGAUAUAUCUAAAGUUUAUAUUUCUCUCUUAGCAGCUUUCUAUUUACUAUUAUUAGUAUAAAGAUAUCGAUCACCCCCCUAUUAUAAUAAAAGUGUUUAUGGAUUUAUUGUAGUUUAAGAAGUUUUACUAUUUUGGGCUAGUUUAGUAGGUGUCAUUACUGCAUUCUUAGAUUUAGAUUCUGUUGAUGAUAUUGGGUUAUUUUAUAUGAUCUUAGGAAUGCCAUUAAUUUCUUUAGUUUAUUUUUAAUUGUUGACUUUUAGACAAUAGCAAUUAUUAAGAACACCAAUCAAAUCUUUUAAGAAAGAAACAGACAUUGAAAUAUAUAUUAAUCAUCUCAUGGAUUUAAUUGAAAAUCGUGAAAUUUUAUAGUCUAGAAUAAUUUUGGAAGGAGUACUAAAAUUGCAUUUAAAAAAUUGUGGAAAACCAAGUGAGAAUUGUGUGUGUCAAUAAUUAGUAGCUGACAACUUGAAAGAUGAAGAGACUCCUUAAAAACUAAAAAGAUGGUAUCAAUUAAUAAAAAGUAUAAUAUCUGAUGCUUUGGAUAGAUAUCCAAAAUGUCCAAGAUUGCAUUUAUUGAAUUCAUACAUUCAUCAUGAGAAAUUGAAGAACAAAUUUAAAGCAUUAUUUGAAUUAAUGAUUACUGAAGAAAACAAACCUAACUUAUAAGAAGAAUUUAGUAUUUAUCGAUAUAAGAAUUUGAUUGAAGAGGAAAUGAUAGAAAAUGAUAUGAGAACAUCAGAAAAUAAAGGAGUGGAUGUAAACAUCAUUGUAGUAUUUUAAAAUAAAUUUGUAAAUUUUCUAAGCAGUAUAGAGAAGAGUGUUACAUUACAUAUGGAAUUUUGGAGAGAAUUAUUAGAAGAAAAUCCAGAUAUUUAGAAAUUGUAAUCACUUGGAUCAAAAAUAACAAAUACAGUUGAAUCAACAAGUGAUUUUUAUAAAAAGCUAUAGGAAAUGAAUUAGAAUCAUAUAAAAUGUUUAUAAGUUUAUGGGAACUUUUUGAAAGAUAUAGUGAAUGAUGAUGUUGAAGGUUAAAGAAUUUUAGAGAAGGCAGAAUAUAUUUAAAAGAGCACAGCAGUAAAUAAAUUAGGAUUGGAUUAAGAAAGAUAGAAAUAUGGUGAGAAUGCAAAUACAUGUAUAAUAACUUGUUCAGGGAAUUAUAAUAAUAUAGGUGUAGUAACAAAUGUGAAUAAUGAAAUAACUAGAAUAUUGGGAUUCUCUAAAUCAGAUAUAAUAGGUUAGAAUGUGAAUAGAAUAAUGCCAAAAGUAUAUGCAGAUUAACAUGAUUAAUUUAUGAAGAAUUAUUUAGAAACAAGUGAUUCAAAAGUAAUAGGAUAAGAAAGGAUUCUGUUGGCUUAAAAUAAAAAUAAUUAUUUGGUUCCUUGUACAUUAAUGAUUAAAGUGUUACCAAAUUUGGAUGAAGGGAUUUAAAUAGUAGGAUUUUUAAAAGAUAUAGAACCAGGAAGUUCUUAUUUAAGAAGUGAAUAAGAUAUAGAUUAAGAAUGGCAUUUCAUAAUAAUAAAUGUUAAUAGUUAAGCCAUAUUAGGAAUAACAUAAUCCUGUUAUACAAGAUAUGGAAUUCCAGCAUCUUUAGUAUAUGGUAAUUCAACUAAUACAAAUGAAUUUACAAUUGAUGCAAUAGCUCCAGAAUUAGUAGAUAUUAAAAAUUAAGAUGAUCUAAAAUCAUAAGGAUUGGUUACAACAAUUGAUACAUCUUAACUUUAAUAAAACUUUCUUUUGGGAAGAGGUGAAAGUGAUGAUGAAAUGUCUUUAGAAGAAGAAGAAAAUAUUUAUGAACCACCAUAAUAAGUAUCUUAAAUGUAAUCUAAAAUUGGAGAUUCAAAUUUAGGAUAAAUGUUGAAUUAGAAUCAUUAAUAUAAAGAAACUGCUGUUGAUUUAUCUUAAUAGGUAUAGAAUUCAAAAUUAGAAGAAGCUAAGAGUAAAAAGUUAUAAAAGUAAUAAAGAUAUAAGAAAUAUAAAAUAAAAGCUUUUAUUUAAGAUGAAACAGAAUUUGGUGAUUAGAAAAUACAAAUAAUAAGAUUUUAUGAAGUUGAUGAAAAUGAGGAAAUUAAAUAACAAAGAUCAAUGGAACCAGCAGCUGAAGAAGCUUAAUAAAAUUAAAUGAAAACUGCAAUAAAAGAUGAAUAAUAAGUUUAAGAAGAUGUGAAUGCAUCAGAAGGAGAAUCUAAUUUAUCUGGUGGAUCAGUAAAUGAUGAAAUGAGAUAAUUGAAAGAUUUUAAAGCAUUGAUAUCUGAGAAAACAGAACCAAAAUAUAUUAGAAUUUUAAAAAGAACUGUGUGGUUUAUAAUGUUAAUUCUAAUUAUCUUAAGUGCAUUGAUAUUAGGAUACAGAAUGACUCAAAGUUAAGAUGUCUAAGAAGGAGCAGAUGCUAUCUAUUUAGCAUAUAUGAGACAUAAUAUUAUGGCAGAUGUUAAUUUUUAUACUAGAUUACUUUAAAUGUUAGGAAAUAGUACUUAUAUAGCUGAAAAACAUGGAUAUACUACUACUUCUGCAGAUACUUUUAUUAAAGCUAAUGUAAAAUAAUAAUAAUAAUAUUUAAUUAUAGUUAUCAUACUUAGUAGAUACUUUAAAAGUGGUUCAAUUUGAUGUUAUUAAAGCUCGUAUUAAAAUGGAGGCAAGAAUGACUGGGACAUCUAGUCUAGAAACGUAUUAAGUUAAAUUUUUAUUAACUUCUGGUGAAGUUAAAAUGUAAAUAUUUAUUAAUAUGAUUAUAGUUAUGAUAACAUAUUUAAUGAUGCAUUAUUUUAAAUUAUUACUUCAGCUUCUUCUUUAAGAAAUUCAUCUGCAGCAUCUUUUAAUGGAUCUGUUACUACCGUAGAUAACACAUAAAAGAAUUUUUAUUAUGUAAUGACUAAUGGUUUAUUCGUAUUAAGAUAAGGAUCAGAAAAUAUAGCUUAAAGAUUCUUUGACUUUUAUUCAGAUGAAAUCAAUAAUUAUUAAGUAACCUUUUUUGUCAUUAUGGGUGUUGGUAUAUUCUGUUUAGUUGUAUCAGCAAUGAUUCUUAUUCCUAUUGUAUUUUAAGUACAUAAAACAAAUAAUAUGGUUAUGUCACUUUUUGGAAUCAUCCCUAUUUAAGAAAUUAAAGAAUUAGCUGCUAAAUGUGAAAAUUAUAUGCAAGAAUUUUUAGAAGAUAAAAAUGAAAAAAAAGAUAUUGUUGAUAAAGAUGAAAAACCUCCUUAACCUGGUGUUUAACCUCCUGAAGUUGAAAAAACUCAAAAUAAAGAUGUUUUUGAAAUGAAUAAUGAAGAAGAAGAUAAAAGUGAUAAAAAAAAAUAAUCAUAAUAAUAAAAUAAUGGUUCAAAUGGUAGUGGAUAAAAUGUCUUAUAAACCGGAUAACCUAAUUCUAAUGCCAUUCAUACUUCAAUUACAGCAAAACCAACUGAAAAUAAAGCCACUCCAUCUGCAUUUACUUAAGGAGCUACGAAAAAUGAUUAAAAAUAAUAAUAACAAUAAGAAUAAGAUAAAAAAGAGAAUGAAGAAGAAAUAGAAAAUCUUAGAUCACAAAAAUUACUCAAUUCUAAAGAUAAUAAUAAAUCUGUUGUUAUUGUUUAAUUCUUAAUCUUUGCUCUUAUUUUUAUAGCUUAUUUUAUUUUGGAUAUUAAUUUAGAAUUGAUAUUUCUUGGUAAUGUUCAAAAAGUUUAUGAUCAUCUUUAGUAUUCAUCUAAAAGACCAAUAUCUAUUAAAUAUAAUGUUUAUUUCACUUUUGAAGAAGUUGUUACAAAUUAAACUUAAUUAGAAGAUUCACUAGAUAUGAGAACUGAAUUUUAAGAUAGAUUAUAUGAUAAUGAAAGAAAUUUAUUCUAAUCUUUGACUCAAUCAUUUCCCUCAUAAUUUGACUCAUAUUUGUCUAAAUUUUAAGCAUUUACUUAUAACAAUUUAUGUACUAACGAUUUUAAUAUAAGUAUUAAUAUAAAUAUAUAUUAUAGAUAAUUUUGUCACUGAUCAAACUGGAUGUGCUGUUGUUGAUUCUGGUUUACUUACAAGUGGAUUAAAAACUGCCUUUGUUUCAGUAGCCUUAAGUACUAAUGAUAUGAUCAGUUAUUGGAAGAACACUGAAAGAACCAGAAUUGGUAAAAUUAUCAUAAUUUAUAUUAGACCUUAUUUCUACAAUUAAUAACCAGACUUAUCAUAAUAAAUUGCAUGGGCUAUUAUAUUAUAUUGCACCUGCAUGUGAUUAUUUAACUGAUUAGUUUAUGUAAGGCAUUGCAGAUUUCUUAUCUUACAAUGAUUCCAUUGAAUAAAUGAAAUUUAGUAUCUACUUGGUUUUGAUGUUUGCUGCAUUCAUUUUUUGUUGGACUCCUUACUUAAAUAAUUUAUCAAAAUAGAUUUGGAGAACUAAAGGAAUGUUGAAUAUGAUACCUAUGGAUAUUAUACAAAAAUACCCUAACUUGAAAUAAUAAUUUAUUGGUGGAGAAAUAUUAUAAGCAGUCAAAUGA